GUGUAUAGCACGAGCCUUAACUUCCGCUCCUGUGCUUUUAAAAAGAAACAGCCACACAGUCCAAAGCUGGUUUGUUACCAUGCUGGGCGUCUUUUCUGAGGGCCGACAUUCAGAAUAAGAAUUCCACAAUAAAGGAAAGCGACACUAAAGGAAAGAGACAGAUCUGGAGUCCGGAACCAUCCUGCAGUUACUAGCUUUAGCCAAAGUACGUGACUGGAACAGGCAGGUGGCGGAGGGAUGUCCACAUUACUCCAUGAAUUAUGAUUUGAAUGGGACAUUCCAUCCUGGCAAAGAUUCCUUCUAAGGUGAAUCAUCUGAAACACUCAUGUAGUUAUCUGCAACGUCGGGUUGAGUCUGACCACAGGAAGAAGGGCUGGGGGUCUGCUCCCAAGCGUGCCUAGCUGUUCGCCACCAUGGGAAAGGACUACUACAAGACCCUGGGGAUCCCCAAGGGAUCCAACGAGGAGGAGAUCAAGAAGGCGUACCGGCGCAUGGCCUUGCGAUUCCAUCCCGACAAAAACAAGGAUGCUGAUGCCGAGGAGAAAUUCAAGGAGAUUGCAGAGGCCUAUGAGGUACUGAGUGACCCCAAGAAGAGGGCCGUCUACGACCAACUGGGGGAAGAGGGUUUGAAGACGGGAGGCAGCAGCACUUCGGGGGCUCCUGGCAGCUCAACGCACUACUACACCUUCCAUGGAGACCCUCAUGCCACCUUCGCUUCCUUCUUCGGAGGCUCCAACCCCUUUGACAUGUUUUUCAGCUCUAACCGCGGUCACAGCCGCUCAAACGGUUUCUCUUUCUACAACGACCACAACAAGGACAUCGAUCAGGACCUGGACAUGGAGGAGGAAGACCCCUUUGCUCAUUUUGGGCGCCAGUUUGGCUUCCCUGGGGGAAUAAACAACGGCUUUCCCGGAGAAGGCCGGAGAAGAAGGGGAGCGCCGUCGGAAUGCGUGGGUAACAGCCGGCGGCACCAGGAUCCCCCUGUGGUCCACGAGCUGAAGGUCUCGCUGGAGGAGAUCUUUCACGGCUGCACCAAGCGCAUGAAGAUCACCCGCAGACGGCUAAACCCUGACGGCAGGAGCAUGAGGACGGAGGACAAGAUCCUCAACAUUGUCAUAAAGAAGGGCUGGAAGGAGGGGACCAAGAUCACCUUUCCCAAAGAGGGGGACGAGACCCCAGAGAACAUUCCUGCUGACAUUGCCUUCGUGCUGAAGGACAAAGGCCACGCCCACUUCAAGAGAGACGGGUCCAACAUUAUUUACAACUGCAAGAUCACUCUGAAAGAGGCUCUGUGUGGCUGCACGGUCAGUAUUCCCACCCUGGAGAACCGGGUCAUCUCGCUGCCCUGCCAUGACAUCAUCAAGCCCGGGACGAUGAAGCGACUCAGAGGGGAGGGACUGCCUUUUCCCAAGAGCCCCUCACAGCGCGGCGACCUCAUCGUGGAGUUCUCCGUGCGCUUUCCCGACCGGAUCCCGCCUCAGUCCAAAGAGAUCAUCCGACAGCAUCUUCCCCAGUCCUAAGAAGAAGGAUUUGCCUUGGCCUGUAAACACACACCAGAGCCACCAACCAACCCUCACCACAUUUUAUUUCACACGUUUCUGAGCCUUGUCUGCUGAGACUUCACACGAACGUGAUGAGCAACAUCUUCAGGAUUCGAGCAGUCGCAGAUGUUCAUGGCUCGUCCAGGACACAUUUUCUUAUUCCGUGUUUUCUAAACCUUUUGUGCUCCGCUUUUAUAAACUAGCUUUAGACAUUUUCAAUAAGUGAUGCUAGAAUAAAUCACACCAGCCCGCUCUAAGUUUUUUUUUUAUUUAUUCACCACAUCAAUAAGCUAGUUUGAUAUUUAUCUAUUUCUUUACUGUAAAACAAUCCAUCCCAACAUUAUUUAAUAAGAACAUUAUUUCCCCCAUUAUCUUUUAGUAUCUUUUAACUGUUUUGUAUAUUUGACGUAGUAUCAUUUGCUUGUCACUCCGUAUUAAUUAUUAUUAUACUAUCAUUACAUACACUCUGCUGAAAAGUAUUACAACAAUAAUGUAUUACAUAAACAGGAUGAAAUUAGGAUAGUCACCGCAGCAAUUAAAAUAAGUAAAAUAAUAAAAAUACUAGCCAAAUAACAAGGAAAAUAUAUCAAAAGAAUCUGGCAAUCUGGAUUUGAAAUAAAUGAAUGAACAGACAAUAUUAAACAACACUUUUCUUGGUUGUAAUAUAAAGAAAUGCAUGCGUCAUCCAUUGACUAAACAAUACUGUGCCAUAUACAUAGCCUGGACUCUUCAUAGUGUCCAGUCUGCCCCUGGGCCUCCUCCCAGAGGGACACGUCUGCAGCACAUGCUACAUACUCCAGCCACCUCACCUCACGCCUCUCCUGAUGUGAGGUAGCAGCGGUGCUACUUUGGGUCAGUCCCUGCAAUAACUGUUUACUACUAUGAUAUGAUGUUGAGAGUAAGGUUAAAUCAUGGACCAUGUUGCUACAGUUGAAGGGCCAUACAUGGCCCGCGGGCCACACUUUCUCUUGACAGUACCAGCCUCAAAUGUUUCUACACUAGUUCUUCUUCUCCAAAACAUCUCAGUCGUCCUAUUUUGACCUCACCUUCAUCAAUCCUCCCUGAAGUUGAUAUACUGAAUUAUAAAAACUCAAUUUGCACCUUCAGUUUCAAAUCCAGACUUUGACAAUUUUGGCAAUUUCUAUCCUGAAAUGUGACGGCUACUCUUCCCAAUGGUUUGUUGAUCCCGGCGAGCAACAGAUCUGUUUCUCAUUGGAGCUGACAAUCACAGCAAAGUCUUGUAUAGAUUGAACGUGGUGCUGGACCUUCUGAGCCGAAGUGUCUCCUUAUCUGAGGGAUAAUUCGGUGCCUUAUUCUGGUAUCAAACCGCCACGCACACACGUGCAAAUACUGUAAAAACACAGCACAGCAGAUGAACCAGUGAGACGUUCCUGUCAGCAGCUGGUAAUCUACAAUAAUCUGACUCUUAUUCUGUGGUUGUGCCUCUCUAGUGUGCCACCUCCUGGUGCUACAGUGAGCAGUGCCAAAAGUAGAUCACAUAACCGUCUCCUCUGAGAUGUAAUAUCUGCUCCAGCCAUUAAAAGGAUGUGCAUCCAGACAAAUGUUUUGUAAUCUUCCAGCGGAUGUUGUUGCUGCCACAGCUAGACAGUGAAUUUGUAUCGCUUAGUUUCUUACCAUGACGUUUGUAUCCACAGCCAUAGAAGCUCAACAGUGGUGUAAACGUGAGCAUAUUUCAUUGUUGAAGCUCUUAAAAGACAGAAGGAGCUGUGACUGACUGACUGUGUGAGUGUGUGUGUGUGUGUGUGUGUGUGUGUGUGUGCAUCAGUGUAAGAGGACGUUGGACUGUGACGGUGCACAUCUGCUGCUACUGCUGCUGAGAGACUCACUGUUUGAGUGCUACUGCUGUUUAUUUCUCAAAAGUGAAGACGAAUAAACCAAAAGUGUGAAUUUCUGAGUUUGGAUCGGUUGACUGUCCAGAUGAGCUCAUGUGUGUUUUGGGAUA